ACAUUUUUAUAUCCAUCAAAGUAUAAUAUGUAUUAUAUUACACAUUGUGCAUAAUACUUGGCCUAUUUCCACCACUUACUUCAACAUCGUCAUUGGUUGAAAAUUUCCGUUUUCCAACUUUACACAAAUUGCUGCAAGAGUAGUUUGGCUUUUCGGUUUUAUAAGCGGGUAAGCGGCUGGUUGCGCUCAGCACCCGACACUUCCGUUCGCUGACACCGCGGUAUUUUCACGACACAUUUUUUAGCCCAUUGUAAAUAGCAACUUGCUGAUUUGUUAAUUUUUUUAAAUAUCAAGUACCGCGUAUAGUUCACUCCGAAAUAGUUCUGUGAAUCUGCGUAAUCAGUUUGUUGUACGCAUAUGAGUAUACAAAUGAACCUGCACGAUACGUAUUACGGGAAUCUGAUUAACUCCGGUUACACUUAUUGUUAGUUCUGUUCGUGACUACGGAAGCCGAAGAAUUACUUCGACUUCUGGCUAGACUCAUUUUUCAACAUACAAAACUGAGUGAAUAAUUCGAAAUCGGCCCGUAAAAAGAAGGGGCUGUGAUAAAUUCUACAAAAUGCCGGUAGAAGGAGGAAGUAAAAAAGCAACGAAGGGCCGCGGCCGCUUCUUAAUCCUGGGAUGUUCAGUCGCAUUGCUCACAUUUUCGCAAUCAUUCACGGGUAUCAUUCUCACGGAUUUGAUCGUUUAUCGUACGUGCUUGAUAUCGUUAGGAACAAAUCACACGUACGAUUGCAGUAUGGCUCACACAAAUGACAGUAGCAUAAAAGAAAGACUUUUGGAAGCUGAAGCCGAGCCGUUAGCAAGUAUGAUUGUGAUGGUCAAAACAUUGAUCGAAAGUAUACUGUCGGCAGUGCUUUCGUUAUUUCUUGGUCCUUGGAGUGACCGAGGUGGAAGAAAGCCUCUCUUACUAGGAGGUUUGACAGGUUUUACAUUAAUGUUCGGCCUGCUAUCCUUACUCUGCAGUUGGGACGUCAGUCCUUGGUAUUUGAUAAUUCCCUCAAUUCCGGGGUAUAUCCUGGGUGGAUCAGGUACCGUAAUAUUGGCUGCAAUGUGUUACAUAUCUGAUACAACGGCAGAAAAAGACAGAACGAUGCUGAUGGCUUGGCUUCAGGCAUCAAUUUUCGGUGGGGUGGUAUUAGGCGUCUUUGGCGGGCCUAUUAUUUUUCAAAACUGUGGUUACACAACAGUCUUCAGUAUAGGUGCGAUGUGUUGCGCAUCGGCACUACUUAUAAUUUACUUCACUAUUCCCGAAUCAGCCAAGGAUGCCACCGAGAAAUCACAGAUGCAUGGGCUGUUUGAAAUCGCCCUGCUGAAGAAGCUUGCUACCAGUAUUAUAGUUAAACGAUACGGUUUUCAUCGACCCGUUGUUUGGCUUGUGAUGUUCAUUUUUACAACAUGCGCAAUGAUUAUCGCAGCAGAGACGAGCAUAGGAUUUCUUUUCGUAAAAGCGCGACUGGGCUGGGAUGUUGCACAAUAUUCUUAUGUAAAUGGCGUGGGUCUCUUGCUGAACAUCACAGCUUUGUUUGGAGUUUCUCUACUCGGUCAUAGCGCAGGGAGUGCAGACACGCUGUUAGCUGUCGUAGGUCUCACGUCCGGUCUAAUUGGUUCAAUUGUAAAAGCUUUCGCAACGAAAGCUUGGCAUAUGUAUUUCUCGGUAUCAAUCGCAAUGUUUGGAGGAAUUGUGGCGCCUGUUAUGCGUUCCAUCUUAUCAAAAUCAGUGCCAGCGGAAGAUAUUGGUACUGUGUUAUCACUCGCGGGGCUUCUCGAAGUAAUGAGUCCACUUGCCGGAGCACCACUAUUUACGUUAAUAUUUUCGAAUUAUUUACCGCCGAUAUAUCCGACGCCCGUUUUUCUUUUAUCAACUAGUCUCUUUGCAUUAUUAAUAGUUUGCACAGUGUAUACUGAAGUACUAAUAAGGAGGUUUCGCAAACUAGUUUACAUAGCUGCACCUCAAAAGGAAUAGUCUAGUUAGGUUGUUACGCAUUUUUACACUCACGCGAUUAUUGUGCGAAAUUUUUUUUUUACUUAGUUACUAUUUAAUUUUAGUCUUCGUGUAUUAUUAUAACUUCGUAUUAUAUAUGAAAGAGUAAUAAUGUGAAAUAUUAAAUAUACGUCGAGUAUUAUGUAUGCAUGCAUAUAUAUAUAUAAUACUCGACGAAUUUUAAUAAUUUUUUGCGGCAAUAAUAUCGUUAUAUGCUCCAAUAUUUUUCUGGAAUGGAAAACUGAGAUUUACGACCAAACAAAACUAGCUUUUUGAUGUUAAUCUGCUAAAAUAUGUAGGUAAUCAAUGAGUGGUUUGAUUUCUCAGUGCACUACACAAACAAUGGGUACAGUGCCUGUUGCCUUGCAAGUCUUGCAAAAAAUUACGCCAAACAGCGUAUUUAUCGUACAUUGUCGUAUACGUCAUCCCUAUAAAAUUCAUUUACUUAUCGUUAUUUUAUGUGGCUAGGCAUAGUAUAAUUUCAAAUUUCCCGUUAUUCUCACUUUCCCCAAUACAUAUAUUUGUACAGAUUAUAAACGAUAGUUACUCCUAUUUCCUCAUGUUUUCAAGCUUCUAAUAAAUCAGAAUAAUCGAUGAUAUCACCUGAA